AUGAACGACGAGGCUAAUUCUUGGAUCAGAAGAACAAAAUUCUCUCACACAGUAUGCCAUCGAUUAGAUUCUGCAAGAUUAGCCUCAUUUCUAUCCGAUGGUCAACCAAUUCGAAUCGCGGGUAUAAAAACCCGACCCCCAAAAACUCUCGAAGACCCAAAACCCGCCGAAAUCCAAGCAAAUCCGGUCACAAACAAGUACAGAACCGUAACUCCGCCACCCAAAACCACCGUCCCCGACACCUUCAAAGAAGCAAGGUCAAACACAAAAAGAUUCUCAACCCCACAUCCCCAAAGGGUAGAAACGGAAAAAGGGUUUAAAGAAAAGAAGAUGUUUCACAGAAACAUGACUGCCAUUAACGUGAGGCCUCAUGAGAAUCUUUCUAGUCCUCUUAAACAUUUCAAUUCGAUGAAGAUUCAAGAUAAAAAGAAGAUGAAAAGGGAUUAUUCUUGGUCAAAGCUGUUUGACCAUGGUGGAGGGAAGGUUACUUCUGUCGAAACAAUUGAUGAUGUUAUGGUUGACCUUUCAAAGCUUUUCCUUGGCCAUAGAUUUGCUCAUGGUGCAAAUAGUCAACUUUACCAUGGAAUUUAUAAAGAUGAAGCUGUUGCUGUUAAGAUUAUUCGGCUUCCUGAUGAUGACGAAAAUGAAGAACUUGGAGUUAGACUUGAGAACCAAUUUAUCCGAGAAGUUAAUCUUUUGUCGCGACUCCACCAUCAAAAUGUCAUUAAGUUUGUAGCGGCGUGUAGACAACCACCGGUUUUCUGUAUCAUAACCGAGUAUCUUUCAGAAGGUUCUUUACGGGCAUACCUACAUAAACUCGAGGACAAUACCGGAAAAGAAAAAGAGGAUCUCAAGCCAGAAAAUAUCUUAAUAAAUCAAGAUUUCAAUUUGAAAAUUGCGGAUUUUGGGAUCGGUUGUGAGGAAGCGUAUUGUGAUUUUUUGGCGGAUGAUCCGGGGACGUAUAGGUGGAUGGCACCCGAAAUGAUUAAAAGAAAGGCGUAUGGGAGGAAGGUUGAUGUGUAUGGAUUUGGGCUUAUUUUGUGGGAGAUGGUGGCUGGAACUAUACCUUAUAAAGAUAUGACUCCUAUCCAAGCUGCAUUUGCAGUUGUUCAUAAGAAUCUCCGGCCAUCUAUUCCGGCGGACUGUGCUCCGGCAAUGAAAGCAUUAAUAGAGCAAUGUUGGUCUACACAACCGGAAAAAAGGCCAGAGUUUUGGCAAGUGGUGAAGGUGUUAGAAGAGUUUGAAUCUUUAAUAGCACGUGAUGGAAACUUGAAUGUUUUACAACAUCCAACAUGUUUAGAUAAUAAAAAGGGACUUCGCCAUUGGAUUCAAAAGCUUGGGCCUCAUCAUCAACAUCAACAUAACUCUCCCAUGCCUAAACCGAGGUUUUCAUGAAAACUUUGUGAGUUUAUAUUUUUAUCUGGAGAUGUUUUUGGUUGACCGGGUAAUGAUGUAAUUAAAGAAAGUGUUUGUUUUUGAAUUAUGUUUGGAUUUUGUUUAUGUGAAUGGUUAGGGUUUUUAUCGAUACAUUGUUGUUAAAGAUUGGGUUCAGACACAUAUUGGUCAUGUUUUGAUGGUGAAUAUGAUUUCGAAUUUUGUGUUUGAAGAAUUGGGUUGUGAUAUAUUUGUAUUUGUUAUUUGUUAAAUUAUCAAAUUUGCGAAA